AUGGAGAGAAUACAAAAUUUGGUCGAAAAAGGAACUCCGGGCUUUUUGCUGACCCCUUGCUGGCUGCUUUUCACAUUCGUAAUUUGUCCAAUUGUCUCCAGAAAUCUACCUCGAAUUGGAGAAUGGUACAAAAAGCAGUCCUCGGAAAAACGGCUCGAUUGGGAUGCUCGCGUUUCUGCUUCGCUACAUUCCGCUAUUUGUUUUGUUGUAAAUGCUUAUGCUAUGUGUGCGGAUAAGAAUUAUUCGUUCAAAGAUCUUUACAGCCACUCCGAAUUGGUCUCAAAAGGGUUAGACUUCUCUCUCGGCUACUUUUGGAGCGAUUUGGUGGUCUGCUACGUUUUGCGAAAUUACUACGGAAGCAUGUCGACUGUAUAUUACACCCACCAUCUGGUCUCGAUCUUUGGCCUGACGCAGUCCAAGUGGGAUGGAGGCAUGUGGCUGUGCAGCUUCCGCCUCUUGUCCGAGCUGUCGACGCCUUUCAUGAAUAUUAAUUUCAUGCUGGAACUGCUCAAUUUGAAGGACUCCAAGAUUCACAAAAUCAAUCAGGAGCUGAUAUUCUGGAGUUUCGCCGUCUGUCGUCCACUCUGCAUUCCGCUCUUUUACUACUGCAGCUGGCAUCAUGUCAGCACGGGCGAGAUUUGGAAGGCCUCGGCGGAGCUGUUGUUUGUUUGGGUUGUUUGUGGACUGGUGCUGGAUAUUUUGAAUACUGUCUGGUUCUAUCUCAUGUCUGCGGAAUACAUCAAGAAGAAAAUCGCCGAGCCGAGCAAACCAAAAUCCAGCUAA